CGUUGCGAUUCAUUUCAAAACUCCAACCGUGCUUGCUCUCUCUCUCUCUCUUUCUCGAGGCAGGCCUAAUACUAUUAUCGCCAUCUCUUUUCAGUUCUCGGUUUCUAUUUAGAGAUCCAUAUCUGAUCGAUUCGAUUAUGUUCAAGGUAUUUAUCUCCAGUUUACCAGGAGUGAUCAUUAUUUGUGUAAAUCAGAAACCCAACCAGUUCUGAACAAAUUUCAAAUUCCAAGAGAAGUAAAUAUGACAGUUCCAAAUACACCAGUUUCAAAAAUAGAAAGGACGCCUAUUUGCACUCCAGGUGGAACAAGAGCUAAGGAAGAAAAGAUUGUUGUAACAGUAAGAUUAAGGCCAUUAAACAAAAGGGAGCUAAUAGCCAAAGAUCAGAUAGCUUGGGAAUGUAUUGAUGAUGAUCAAACGAUUGUUUAUAAACCACAACCUCAUGAGCGAAUAACUCAACAAGCCUCAUUCACAUUUGAUAGAGUAUUCGGCCCAAGUUCCUUAACUGAUAGCGUAUAUGAGGAUGGAGUAAAGAAGGUCGCGUUGUCCUCCUUAAUGGGUAUAAAUGCUACUAUAUUUGCAUAUGGCCAAACUAGCAGUGGAAAGACUUAUACAAUGAGGGGAAUCACAGAGAAGGCAGUUACUGACAUCUAUGCACAUAUUAUGAAUACACCGCAGAGGGAUUUUAGAAUCAGAAUCUCGGGACUUGAGAUCUACAAUGAAAAUGUGAGGGAUCUGUUGAAUGCAGAAUCUGGUCGAAACCUAAAGCUUCUAGAUGAUCCGGAGAAAGGAACGACAGUUGAGAAGUUAGUUGAGGAGACAGCAAAUGAUGAUAAACAUUUGCGACAACUUAUUGGUAUAUGUGAAGCUCAAAGACAGGUUGGUGAGACAGCUCUCAAUGACACUAGUUCCAGGUCUCACCAGAUCAUAAGGCUGACAAUAGAAAGUACACUCCGCGAAAAUUCUGAAUGUGUCAAAUCUUAUGUUGCAAGUCUGAACUUUGUAGAUCUAGCUGGUAGUGAAAGAGCCUCACAAACAAAUGCAGAAGGUGCUAGACUAAGAGAAGGUUGUCUUAUUAACCUCAGCUUGAUGACUCUCACUACUGUAAUUAGAAAGCUCAGUAUAGGGAAAAGAAGUGGUCAUAUACCAUAUAGAGAUUCAAAGCUCACACGCAUUCUGCAACAUUCACUUGGUGGAAAUGCACGUACAGCCAUUAUAUGUACUUUAAGCCCAGCAUUCAUUCAUGUUGAACAAUCGAGGAAUACUCUUCUGUUUGCCACUCGGGCAAAGGAAGUCACGAAUAAUGCUCAAGUCAACAUGGUCAUUUCAAACAAGCAGCUUGUAAAACAUUUGCAAAAGGAAGUAGCUAGACUUGAAGCCGAGCUUCGGGUACCAGAUGCUGCCCCUAGUGAAAAGGAUUUGAAAAUUCAGCAGAUGGAAAAGGAAAUUCAGGAGUUGAGGAUACAACUUGAUCUUGCGCUUUCCCAAGUGGAAGAGUUAAGUAGAAUACUUGGAGAGGAACAAAAGGAUGAGAAGAAUGUCGAGACUAAGAAUCCACCAGCAAAGAAAUGUCUCUCAUUCUCUAGUACGUUGUCACCAAAACAUGACAGCACAAGAAAAAAGAAUAAUACAAGAAGGCAAACAUUGAGGCAAUCGUCCACAGUUCCUUUCACAUUGAUGCAUGAAAUUAAGAAGCUGGAGCAUCUUCAGUUGCAACUUGGGGACGAAGCAAACCGUGCUCUAGAAGUGUUGCAAAAAGAGGUAGCUUGUCAUAGACAAGGAAACCAAGAUGUUGUUGAGACAAUGGCCAAGCUUGAAGCCGAAAUAAAAGACAUGCGACGAACAUGUCAAGGAGUUACAAAAGAAGUAGUUGAAGUUGAUUCUUUUGUUUCGGUUCACAAAAGUAUAAGCGCAAACUUGAAAGAAGAAAUUACGAAGCUUCAUUCACAAGGAAGCACCAUUGCAGAUCUUGAAGAGAAACUUGAAAACGUCCAAAGGUCUAUAGAUAAACUUGUAAUGUCUAUUCCAUGUAACAAUAAUCAUCAGUCUGAAGAACUUCCAAUGAAGUCAUCAUCAAAGAGCCAAUUGAAAAAGAAGCUACUUCCUUUGUCAUCAUCUUCUCAAAGAGGAUACCAAUUUGAUAAUGAAAACAGACCGCCAGAGGAUGAUGAUGAAAACAAUUUGCCUAGAAAAUCUGGGCAAGUGCUGUGUGAGAGUAAUUCUCCUAUGAAGACUGAAGACACGUCAAGGGAGAAUACUCCUUACCGACGAUCCGGUUCAGUCAACAUGAGAAAAAUGCAGAAGAUGUUCAAAAACGCUGCAGAUGAUAAUGCAAGGAGCGUAAGAGCAUAUGUGACAGAGCUUAAAGAACGUGUGGCUAAAUUACAAUACCAAAAACAGUUAUUGGUUUGCCAGGUGCUUGAGCUGGAAGCGAAUGAAACUGCGGGAUACAACAUAGAGAAUGAUGAGAGCUUGGAUAAUAUUGAAGAAAACUCCCUGGCUCCAUGGGACAUUACGUUUGGAGAGUGGAGGCAACAAAUUCUUGAGCUAUGGGAUGUUUGUCACGUCUCUAUUAUCCACAGGACACAAUUCUAUUUGCUAUUCAAAGGUGAUCCUAAUGAUCAGAUUUAUAUGGAAGUAGAGAUGAGGCGCCUCCACUGGCUGGAACAACACCUACGGGAACCAAAAAACGCAACCACAAUGCUGGUUGGCGAAGAUAACAACGCAACCAUCUCUUUGUCAUCAAGUAUUAAAGCAUUGAAGCGAGAAAGGGAGUUUCUUGCUAAGAGAGUAACAUCGCAUUUGAGUGUUGACGAAAGAGAUACAUUAUACAUAAAAUGGGAUGUUCCAUUAGAAGGAAAGCAGAGAAAGAUUCAACUCAUUAACAAGCUUUGGACUGAUCCAUUUGAUCGUAAACAUGUGGAGGAGAGCGCUGAGAUUGUUGCUAAACUAGUUGGGUUUUGUGGAGAUCGUUCUAUGUCUAAAGAGAUGUUUGAACUUAAUAUCGCACUUCCAUCCGAUAAGCAGCGGCCAUGGAUUAUGAUGGGAUGGAACCAAAUCUCUAACCUUCUCCAUCUUUGAGAAAAUGUUAGCCUGUAAUUAAUUUAGUUUGUUCAAAUCACAUUCUUUUUAAUAUUUUUUUGUAGAUAAUGUUUUUUUUUUCUCUCUUCAGAUUACCAUACUGCAUGAGGAUGAGGGUAUUUUGCAUCCUUCGUUACUGGUUUUGUUUUUCUUUCUUUCUAAAUUUGAGACUUUAACUUAUUACAGUUAGAUACAUUA